AUGGCGGCCGCCGGCGGCGGCUCGGGUACGCCCGUGGAGACGCCCACCGCCACUGGUGCCGCCGCCGCCGCCGCCGCCGCGGAGGCCGGCGCGGUGCUGCAGCGGGAGCCGCUGUACAACUGGCAGGCCACCAAGGGCUCGCUGCGGGAGCGCUUCGCCUUCCUCUUCUCCAACGAGCUCCUCAGCGACGUGCACUUCGUGGUGGGCAAGGGCAGCCCCCGCGGCGGGGGCGGGGGGGCGCCCCCCGGGCCUGGCCAGCAGCGCAUCCCCGCCCACCGCUUCGUCCUGGCGGCCGGCAGCGCCGUCUUCGACGCGAUGUUUAACGGCGGCAUGGCCACCACCUCGGCCGAGAUCGAGCUGCCCGACGUGGAGCCCGCCGCUUUCCUGGCGCUCCUGAGGUUUCUUUAUUCAGAUGAAGUUCAGAUUGGUCCAGAAACAGUCAUGACUACUUUAUACACUGCUAAAAAGUAUGCAGUCCCAGCCCUGGAAGCACAUUGUGUGGAUUUUCUAACGAAGCACCUCCGAGCAGAUAAUGCCUUUAUGCUACUUACUCAAGCUCGUUUGUUUGAUGAACCUCAGCUUGCUAGUCUUUGUCUUGACACAAUAGACAAAAGUACUAUGGAUGCAAUAAGUGCAGAAGGCUUUACUGAUAUUGAUAUAGACACAUUAUGUGCAGUUCUAGAAAGAGAUACCCUUAGUAUUCGAGAAAGUAGACUCUUUGGAGCUGUUGUUCGCUGGGCAGAAGCAGAAUGUCAAAGACAGCAACUGCCUGUGACAUUUGGAAACAAACAAAAAGUCCUUGGAAGAGCUCUUUCCUUAAUCCGUUUCCCAUUAAUGACUAUUGAAGAGUUUGCAGCAGGCCCUGCUCAGUCUGGAAUCUUGUCAGAUAGGGAAGUAGUAAAUCUCUUUCUGCAUUUUACUGUCAAUCCUAAACCUAAAGUAGAUUAUAUUGACCGACCAAGAUGUUGCCUUAGAGGAAAAGAAUGCAGCAUUAACAGGUUCCAGCAAGUGGAGAGUCGCUGGGGCUACAGUGGAACAAGUGAUCGGAUUAGGUUCACAGUUAAUAGAAGAAUUUCCAUAGUGGGUUUUGGAUUAUAUGGAUCUAUUCAUGGACCCACAGACUAUCAAGUUAAUAUACAGAUAAUUGAUUAUGAGAAGAAUCAAACGCUAGGACAAAACGAUACUGGAUUUAGUUGUGAUGGAACAGCCAGUACAUUCAGAGUUAUGUUCAAAGAACCUAUAGAGAUUUUGCCAACGGUUUGCUACACAGCUUGUGCAACGUUAAAAGGUCCUGAUUCCCACUAUGGAACAAAAGGUUUGAAGAAAGUGAUCCACGAAUCUCCUACUGCUAGCAAAACAUGCUUUGUCUUUUAUAGUUCACCGGGUAACAACAAUGGUACAUCAAUAGAAGAUGGACAGAUACCAGAAAUAAUCUUUUAUACAUAAUUUCACAUGUGAAAUCUUUAAUGUGUCAGUGUAUCAGUGGACUUCAGCUCACUAUUGGCGGCAGUUUAAAAAUUCUGUGAAAUUACAUGAAUGUGUGAAAACAAAACUAACUUGUUUGAGAGGUACCAGAAAAGCUAUUUUCUCUGCAUUGUUAUUGGCAGAAUGUAAUUUAGCUUUUCCUCUUAACAAAACGUCAAGUGGAAUAAGUACUCUUGAAAAGAUUGUUUUAAAUAGUAUCUUGUGAUUAAUUGCUUUGUAUUUCCACCCCUUCAUUUCUCAUGUAGUAAAAUUCAUUUUUUGAAUUGGAAAAUCCUUCCUCUGUAUGAACUUCUUGUGUAUGUUUUCCCCAACCUGUCCUAAAAAGACAGUAAAGCUGCUGCUGUAGUCCCAGCUUCCACUUCUGUCCAAAAUGACCUUGGAGUGACCCUAUGGACAUGAAUUGCUACUGUAUUUUUUUGAAGUGCAUCAGCAAAGCUGGAUUCAUAUUGCUGUCAUCUUGACUUUUUGGAUGAGCUGUGGAGAAUUAAUGGACUUAGCACUGCAGACAGCAUCUGCAGCUGCACUGAAGAUAUCCGAAGUCAAAUUCAGCAACAAACAGAUCUUUCCAGAAUCUCUCUUAAUUCAGAAGGGCUGUUUUGGAACAUAGAGCUGGUUAUGGAAAUAGCCACUGUAUAUACAUAUGUGCCUAUAAGAAAAUGUAUAAUGUGAAAAUGAGAAUACAAGACUUGUAAUGAUGUUAUUUUAUCAUUGGACAUUCUAAUAGUAAAAAAUUAGUAUGAACUAAGGAUUAUUUGUGUGCAACUAGUUUUACAGACUGCAUACAGUAAUUUGAUGCAAUUGAUGUAUGUAUAUAGUAUUCAGUGUCUUGCAAUAUGUACUGUGUAGUAGUAGAAUGUCUUCAUGUACAAAAUCCUGUACCCUCCCCAAAAUUAUACUAAAGUUAUAAUUUGAGAACACAGGAGAAAA